CGGCGCAAUGCUAGCUAGUCUCACAGACCCUGCAGCAUCUUCAAAGCGUUUCGCGCCUGAUUUCUCCAGUACUUUCGUCUCCACGGAAGUCCACAAAUGCUGCGCGUAGUGCGCUCGACAGUCUUCGACUUGGCUGCGCACAAUGCUUUUCUGAGGCUCGCACUGCAGCCAACCCGACAUGAGACACCUAAAGCUGCGCCUCCGCAUCUGGCUGCACUCGCGCACAACGCCACCUCCGCUCGCAGACGGAGUCCCAGUCUAGCAGCGGCCUCCAUUCCUUUUUUGCUGUCGUAAGCGGUGACCGCCACAUGAUGCCAAUUGAUUUGGCUUGCACCACAAAAAGCAGAAGAUUGCCAGACUGCGCGUGUCCAUCAGAAGUGGCUCCAUCCAUCAUGUUCUUGCUUUCGGUCUCCUGAACUCUGUCGACCUGCAGUCUCGACGCGUACAACACUCAGAACUCUCUCUUGGCUUUUCAAAGCUAGCAUCGGCGACGAAUCAGCAUGCCACAAAAUCCACUCCAGACGAUAUGGGCUUUGCUGCUGGGACCAAUUUUAUGUGGGCCGUGGGCUCACGCUCUAGCAGACACAGCGCGAUCUGCAUCGCAAGCUUCCCUUCCACUUCUGACGAGGGCAGCACCUGAUAGAAUCG